CACUACCCAAUCUUCCCGACUUAUAUACACCCACCUUUAUAUAUACCCAAAGCCUACCUUUAUACCUAGAGCCCACCUUUAUAUCCAAAGCCGGAGGCAAUUCAUAUUCCUUCGUGUUUUUUGGUCAAUCGAUCGCAGGAGGGAGAAGCGGCACAGUGUUCAAAUUCCAUCCUUUGGUGACGAAUGAGGCAUCUUCGAACAGGACAAGACGUUCCUGCUGGCAUCAUGGAUGCCUUCGAUGACUACUUCUCCCGAGCCUAUAUAUACAUUUAUAUACACAGGAAGACGCGAGGAGGUUCGUCCCUUCUCUCAUUCUUCGUUUCGUUGGUCGAGAGGGGGAUAUCUGAACGAAACAUCUGCUCGACGGUGAGCACAGCUCAAGUAAUAUCCUUGAAUGCUGACAGACUUCACCGGUACGCUUCCGACCCAACCACCGAAACCAAACAACAUUUUCGACGCGAGGGCACACGCGAUCUCACAUACGGCAUCGAGAAAGAUAGGAGGAGAAAGGAGGAUGAGACGAGUCCAUUUCUCGUUCUUCUCGUCGAUCUUCCUGUCCCGAUGGAGGGAGAGAUCCUGUGGACGCUCGUUCACCACCCACCCGAAUCAAACAUUGAUCGAUGGAGCGAUAAUUUAUUGAGUAUCCUCACAUAUCUGAGCAUCGACCAAUCGAGCGAUAGCCUAUUCAACGAGAGCAGUUUGGCCCGAGGGGCAAACAUCUUCUUUGGGUCUAUCUUCGCUAUAAUGGCUGGGCUGGGUCAAGGAGGAAGCGAUGGUAGGUCGACAUUUCUCCUGCAGUCGACGGCAGACCAGGGCAUUCCACCACCGACGACACUGGCAAAGCCAUGGCAGUAUAUUACAACAGUGCAAAAGACUCCAUUAGCCCUCGGGCUCGGCGUUAUUCUUUUAGUAGGCGCUUCUGUUCUAUGCCUUAUGGUUCGCGCGGUUUUCUUGGCCGACAAGAGACAAGGUUUAUGA